AUGGAAUAUCACUCUUUAUAUGGUUUUAGCUUCGGGUCUGGGUCUCUUCUACUGUCCGCUGAAGACGAGCUCGGCCUUAUUCAAACAGAAUAUGAGCAAUGGCAGCGCUUGUUCGAGCUUGACUCAGAAGCGUUUACACCGUUACCAUUACCAAAUGACCGCUACGAAGCACACCAGAUGGCAGCUGCACAACGUAUUGGCAUUCACGAUGACUACGCUCAAGAUUUCUACUAUCAACAUGCUAGACGAAUAAGCGAUGCCUACGAGGAUUUGCAUCAACCACAGUCCGCCGACUGGGCUUCUAUUUCCGAUACAAGGGCUGAGAGUUUAGUGGGCGUAUCCAGAAAUGAGCCCCAGUACCUGUCAGAUUUGCCCGACGAAUCUAUGCGGCAGAUUAUAUACUCGGAUUCUUACCAGAAUAGACUUGCUCCGGGGCUGUAUAUAUAUAGACAUGGUAUUUCUCCAGAGAAUGAAGCAGGGGCCCCGCCGGUACCUUUUGCGGGUAUGCCUGAAGACGGAAAUAACGCAUUCAGGGCAAUGGUUGAGUCCGAAGAGGAAUAUUCUAAUGAUGAGGAUACCAUCUUUGACGUUGCGUCUGAAGAAGAGAGCAUAGAUGAUCAACGGGGAUUCGAAGGCGAUGAUGAAGGCAUCGACGAUGGCGAUGAAGAUGGCGAUGAUGAAGACAGCGACAGCUGCAUGGAUUUAGGCGAAGAUGAAGAUGAGGAUAGUGUGGAAGUAGACGAAGAGGAUGGCGAAGCCAUGCACAUGCGAGAAGAAGUUCCCUUAAUGAGGAUUACAAGGCGCUCCAUCUUUGAUCAAAACUUCCCAACGAUAUUAUGCGAAGAAGAAACCUGGGAAGUUCAAUGGCCAAGUGGCACAUGGCAGAAUGCGUUCAACCGGACAGGACAGAAUUAG